CUCUCCUUGUCCCCUCCCUCCUCCACUGCAGCCUUCCUCUUAGCCCGGGCCACUUCCUUCUUCUGCCUGUUCCUCCCCAGGGCGCGGAAGCCGAAUACAAGGUUCAGACCCACGGGGCAUCAGCUCUUCGGUGAAGAAGGAAGCAAUCGGAGAGUCAGCAAUGAAUGUGGAACAUGAGGUUAGUCUCCUAGUGGAGGAAAUUCAUCGUCUGGGUUCCAGAAAUGCUGAUGGAAAAUUAAGUGUGAAGUUUGGGGUCCUCUUCCGGGAUGACAGAUGUGCCAAUCUCUUUGAAGCAUUGGUAGGAACUCUGAAGGCUGCAAAACGAAGGAAGAUUGUUACAUACACAGGAGAACUACUUUUGCAAGGUGUUCAUGAUGAUGUUGACAUUGUAUUGCUGCAAGAUUAAUGUGGUUCGCAUAGCUUGGUACAAUUUCUACAGGCACUUGACAUUCUUUCAAAGCAAGAAGCGAAUUGAACACCAGCUGCCGUGGAAAAUGUUAUGUUUAUGUAAUAAAAAAAUGUAACUGCCUUUAAA